AUGGUGGAGAAAGAACGAACGGAAUUGCCUUCAAGGUCAGUAUCUUUGGGUAACCUGAGACCCAAAUCGAAUCUGAAGAAAAACCUGAACUUCUUCGACGACACUUCUACAAGGGCACAUACUGUUAGCAGUGGUAGCAUUGAGCUAAACAAGUCCGCUGACGAGAGGAAGCAUGAUUUGAACAACAUGCUUUACUUUAAGGCGAGCAUAGCUGAGGGCAUGCUGAAUAGUCAACGGAUAAAGAGAAAAGCAGCGGCAGGACGCGGUCAGGAAAGCUUUAGAAUGCGAUCUGGAAUCGAAGGGAAUGUCACUACAGUGGCCUGUGACAGCGAGGAGGACGACGAGGUGAAGAACGAGGAUUCUAACGAGUUCGAUGAGAACAGAGAGCUACAAGAAGGUGACCGGCAAGGCGAUGUUGACGAGGACUUCAGGCUUGGAGAGAUUGCCGAAGGAGAGGAUGACGAAGAGUUUGCAAAUGUUGAUGAAAUAGACGGACCAAUAUCGGCAAAAGGUAACGAAGGUCUGAAUGGCACUAUGAGCGAAAUAGACUACAAUAUGCCCGUUGAUGCUGAGUUUCAGAGGAGCCUUGAUGAGCGGGCUGCCGAAAUCGAUAAAUCCUCAACUUUUAGGCCGAUUUCCAUUCCGAAAGUAGAGUGGUCACUGCAGGACUUUAAUGGGCUUUACAUCGAUCUGGCAGACUGGUUCUGCGCUUCCGACUUUACUUUCUUCCCUGCUCUCCAAGCAGAGUUCGAUAAGAAGGUUCCCGAAUCGGGCAGGUUCCUAACUGAUUCAAAGUUUGCGUCAACUGUCAUCUCUCGUCUCGUGAAAGACGCGUUGGUUAAUCCUGCAUCAGGACUCCUGGUAUUGACGUACGUCUCUCUUGGAACGUUUGCUUCCUCUGAUAGUUUGGAUCGGCACACGGAGCAUAUACGCCGAAACAAUCUACUGCUUUGCUCGGAGGUUCCGAAUCUCGUCGAACUUUUCAAGAUCAUCGCCAUAAAUUGCCGCGAUGAUUCUGAGAAUCUCAAGGAAAGUACGAUGCUACUAUUUUAUUCUAGUACGAUCCUUUACUUCAUAUCCAGCGUUUGCAUUGAUCUCAGAGAGGAAAAUCUUCGAGAAAUACAAGAGACUAUAGAAUCACUCGAGAAAGCUGAUAUACUGCAGUUUCUGACCCGUUACAUAGAACAUUGGCGUUGGAACAGCAGGCUUUCAAUGAGAAUCCGCAACAUCAUUAAUUUACUGUACAAACUGCUCGUCCUUCAGUUUGGUGACAGAAAUUUGCAUAAAAGGACUAAAGAGUAUAUCUGCGAGUUGCAUGGCAUCAAGCGCUCAAAUAACAGCAGCACAAAGCAAUGUACAAUAUCACCACUGCAUUAUCAGGCCUUCCGCGAGGACAUAACAGCGAGAUUUCCAGAUUACGUUACGCCGACUGGCGGCCUGCCAGCGGAUGGAGAUAAUUCAAAUUCCCUCUCUCAAUUCUUAGAGAUUCCUCGUUCUAAGGUAAAAAACCCUAUGAAUCUCAGCUUGGCAGUCCCGGAACAGCAUCUGGCGACGCCAGCCCCAUCGCCUCCUGGUUCUCCGAGCACCGUCCAAGCGAACACGAACUUUAGAACUAGGAAAUCUUUUCAAACAAACAUGGCUUACCCAUGUCUAUAUCCAUCGGAUGAUGAAGACGGAAAGGAUGAUUUAAGCGAAAGAAUUGAGCUUAAUGGAAGCAGCGAUAACUCUGAAGUUAUUGUGCCGUACAGCAUACAAGAGGCUUCAAAGAUAUUAUCUGAGAAUGUUGAUAUCAAGUUGAGCGUGAAACAACUGUGGCAUGAGCGAGAAUUGUUUAUGAUGACUGAACGUGGAUGGAAAGUCGAUCUUACGAUUGAUCCGUUUAAAUACUCGGUAGGAAAGCAGGGAAUCAAGGAGCCAAUUGAGAUAAUGAACCGAAUAGAAUCGUAUUACGCGAAUUGUCUCCCAAGUCUAAAUUCUCUAGUAUUUGUGCUUUUGCAAACGGUUGAAUCGAACCUUACCAACAUUAAUUAUCGUCGUGCAGAUUUUGCAGAUGACACCAAAAUAUCCUCAUUGAUGCCAAGAUUGGAGAUAAAUAGGACUAAAGAGAUAUCAAUGAGAUCAUCCCUUGGAAUUAUUUUCCUACUUUUGAAAUGGUUUAAGCUUAGCCACAUCCUCAAAUUUGAGCAUUUCGCAGUACUGCUCAACGAUUCUCGAUAUGUCCAGAUUUGCACUUCUGUUCUUUCCAAGAACGCAGAAGACUAUACAGAUUGCAUUUACAACAGAAUGCUAGGACCCAGUGCCGGUUUCUGGAAAUAUUGCUCGAACUUUAACGACAGCUAUCGAGAUGCUUAUUCCUGCAACGCAACUGACUAUAACACAGUGAUGCUAUCCUCGUUUUCCUACAUGCUGAAAAUACUGAGAAAGGUCAUCGGCAGCAAGACAGAGCGUCUUAAGGAAUUGCCCCUCUCAGUGGGAGCGUUGUUUAAGAAGUUCUAUCGAGUUUUCAACUUGGAUAUCUACCAUCCGAUCUUGAGGAUCGUCAAAGAGCUGACGCCAUUCAAAAACAAGAGGUGGAAAUCGGAACAUAUGGAGCUAAUAUCCGGCGUGUUCCUUUACGAGCGCCUAGAAUUGGUCGACAACUGGGUUACCGGGAAGGACAUUUCCGGAGAGCUAAGCGACGCUUGCGGACAAGAGAUAGCUCUUAGGGCUUUGCUGCAAUUCUACAACUUCUUGCACUACGAAAAGGCGAUGGGUGAUUUAGGCUAUAGCCAGCGCAAUAGCGCUAAUACAUCAUUACUUAAUAGAGAAGCUGAAUAUAUAGGCAUGUAG